AUGCCGAAACCGAUGUGGAACGUUCCGGGCCGCGACCGUGACCGCGACCACGACUUUGAACCAUGCAUACAAGCCAAGGAUAUGGAUAUCGUGUGUUCUGAGUUAUUGGAAAUAAUUAAGCUCAUCGAUGCAGUAAUCACAGAGAAGUGUCCAGAAUCAUCAUCAUUCACUUUUCCUACGACCAAUGGACUGGGCUUUGUUGAUUCCCUUCUAGAAAAGAUGAUGGAUGUGACAAGUUCUGAGGCUGGCUCGAUUGCUUUGAUCGAUCAUCCAAUUCAAAAAGUCCAGGAACAGCUUGUCUGUUUACGUUCUUUGCUGUGGAAAAUUGUGGAGCUGCAAAAUGAAGAUGAGGAGGUCCAGGCAAUUUGGAAUCGUCUUGUUGGGGUGGCAUACAGGACAGAGUUUCUUAUUGACUCCUUAAUAACUGGAAAUAUCUUAGAUUCUUCUUCAAUGUCCAUUCAUUCCAUUUUAGAAGAAAUGAACAUCAUUAAAGCUGCGGCCUUGAAGAUUGGUGAUAGCGAAAGACUUGGUGGAAAAGUUAAGGAAGUAACGAAGAGAUUCAAUCACAUGCCACAAGAAGGAAGUAAGCCAAUAGUCAAUGAUGUGGUGGUGGGAUUCGAGGAUGAGACGGCAUCGAUAAUCAAUGGACUCAGAAAUGGAUCACGCCAAGUGACAAUUGUUUCCAUUGUGGGUAUGCCGGGAUGCGGUAAGACAACUUUGGCUAGAAAAGUGUACAAUGAUUCUUCAGUGAAGUCCCAUUUUUAUGAGCGUGCUUGGUGUACUAUUUCUCAAAUAUAUCAAAAGAGAAAUCUGUUGCUUCAAAUUUUGACUUGUAUUGAGUCCAAGCUUCCUGAGGAUGUUUUUAAGAUGGGUGAAGAAGAUCUGGCUCUUCAAGUCAAAAGACGUUUGUUGAAAAACAGAUAUCUCAUUGUUUUGGAUGAUGUAUGGGACAUUGAUGCAUGGAACGGAUUGGAAGCCUCAUUCCCUGAUGAUGGAAAUGGAAGUAGAGUUAUCUUGACAAGUCGGCUCCGUGGUGUUGCUCCGCAAGACAAACUCGACCAUGAACCAUAUUCUCUUCGUCAACUCACUCCUAAUGAGAGCUGGGAUUUGCUAAAAGGGAAGUUAUAUCCUGGACAAGAUUUGGCUCCUCCAGAACUAUGUGAAAUUCGACAGCAAGUCGUGGAAAUGUGUCAAGGACUACCUCUUACGGUUGUCAUUCUUGCCGGAAUUCUCUCAAGGAUGGACCGAUAUGGUUGGAAAGAAGCUGUGGAAGGUUUAAGUUCAAGGAAUGUUUCUAGUACGGAACAAUGUACCGCUACAUUAGAGCUGAGUUACAAACAUUUACCUGAUACUUUGAAGGCAUGUUUUCUUUAUUUUGGAGCCUUUCCAGAAGACCAUGAACACAAUACCAAGAGGUUGAUUUCUCUAUGGGUCGCUGAAGGACUUGUUCAAAAAACUCAGCUCAAGAGAUCAGAGGAUGUGGCAAAUGAUUACCUGAUGGAACUUAUUAGCAGAAGCUUAGUCAUAGUUUCGAAACCAAGAUCCAUUGAUGGGGUCAAAGCUUGUCGCAUUCACGAUUUGUUAUAUGAGUUUUGUGUGACAAAAGCCAAAGAAGAAAAGCUUUUGCAGCGGGUACGUAGGUAUGAUGACUUAUCUGCUUUCACUGUGCCAUGCUACCUACGCCGCUUAUGCAUUAUUGAUUCUAAUCCUGAGCACUUUGACAACUUGAGCGACAAUCUUGACAAUUCGUCACAGUUGCGUGACUUAGAUUUCUUGUCCUGUUUGUCUCUCGAUCCUGAGGAAAACAUCAGCAAACUGUUGAGAAAGUUUCCAAAUAUCCGCAAGCUGAGAUGCUCUGUCAAUCUCGAGCCAGAUGUUGAAUAUCAUGUAGCAAUGGAUUGUCUAAGUCAGUUGGAAUCACUCAGUCUGAGUCGCGUCCUAUACGGUUAUCAGCAAUUUCAUAUAGAUUUCCAAUUUCCUUUGAGCAUUAAAAGGUUGACCCUGACUUAUUUUGGCAUGCCGUGGAGGAAAAUGGCAGCAAUUGGAAAUCUGCCAAAUCUUGAGGUGCUCAAAUUACUCCGCCGAUCAUUUGAGGGGGAAAUAUGGGAAAUGGAAGUAGAGAAGUUCCCUAAUGUUCGCUUCCUGAAAUUAGCUUCCUUGAACAUUGUGAAGUGGACAGCCUCCUCCGAGUAUGAGUACGAGGACCAGGACUAUUUUCCUCGUCUCCAGAAGUUAGUGUUGGAAAGCUGUGAUGCAUUGCAGGAGAUCCCUUCUUGUUUGGGAAAUAGUUCAACUCUUGAAAUAAUUGAGGUGUCAAAAUGUCCCAGCUGUACCAGUUCAUUGGAGGAAAUUCAGGAAGAGCAAAGAAGCAAUGGAUAUACCGAUCUGAAGAUCCUUACCUCAUAA